CACUUGUGCAUUAUUCAUUAUAAGGUGAAGCUGAGGUUUGAGGGGUAGAACAAUGGAAGUGGAGGUUGGAGGUGCUGCCAAGGCUCCCAAUGUUCAGGUUCUCGCUGCGAAGAUUGCAUCGGAUUCGACAGUUGAGGUGCCGGAGAGAUACAUAAGGCCUGAGAUCAACGAUGAGCCGAUGGCUGAGUUUGUUGAUCUUCCAGUCAUAGAUUUCAAUCGGCUGAUGGAUCCGGAGCUCUCUCAAGAAGAGUCUCUUAAACUCAAUCAUGCUUGUGAAGAAUGGGGCUUCUUUCAGUUAGUUAAUCAUGGAAUGCCAGAAGAACUGAUGAAGAAAGUGAAGGAGGACACAACUGAAUUCUUCAAGCUUCCUGUGGAGGAGAAGGAGGCUUAUGCGCAAAUACCAAACAACAUCGAAGGCUAUGGAUCAACAUUUACACUGUGGGAGGAGAGAAAGCUAGACUGGGGAGAUAUGUUGUUCCUUGUUACUCGUCCCCAAGACCAAAAGAAAAUGAGAUUCUGGCCUUCUCAUCCUCUCACUUUCAGGGACACAAUAGACAAAUACUGCGCUUGCCUGCAAGAAAUAUCAUGUGGUCUAUUGCAAGCAAUGGCGAAGACCCUAGGGCUCGACUCAGAGAGGUUUCUGGAUGUAAUGAAAUGCGGGAUUCAAUCAAUGAGGUUCAAUUACUACCCACCAUGCCCAAAAGCCGCAGAUAAGGUUAUCGGCCUCUCUCCUCACUCUGAUUCUGAUUUGCUGACACUACUCCUCCAAGUGAAUGAUGUUCAUGGCUUACAAAUAAGGAAAUAUGGAAAAUGGUUCAUUGCGAAGCCAAUUACAGGAGCUUUUGUAGUCAAUGUUGGUGACAUACUUGAGAUAUUGACCAAUGGACGAUACAAGAGCAAUGAACACAGAGCACUGGUACAUGCAGAAACCGAGCGCAUAUCACUGGCUGGAUUCCACAGCCCAAGCAACGACGCCAUAGUUGGACCUCUUCCAGAGCUUGUGAAGGAACAAGGCCGGGUGAAUUAUAAGACGAUGACAUAUUCAGAAUACAUCAUGGCGUACUUCAGUAAGCAGUAUGGGAAGAGCCUUUUGGAGAGUGCCAAGAUUGUCGAGUACUAGUUUUUCUUUUCCAAUAAUUUCAUGAUUUCAAACUAUGCAUGCGAUUUGGUCAAUAAAGAGAGGCUUGUUUUAGUUAUGUUACACAUUGUUCAGUAGUUCGCUUGUUCUUUUUUUAAUUA